AUGCCCCUCCUAAGACACAAUCUCUUCUUCUCAUUCACUAUCAUCAUCAUCAUCAUCAUUUCAUUUGUUGCUUGUAAUAGCAACUUGCAAAAGGACCCACUUAUUGCUAUAUACGUUGAUAAUUCACCCUCCAAUGAUGAUGAUGGCGGUGAUACAUUAUUAUUCAAAAACAUGAUCAAGAAAAAUACAAAUAGUUUUUUGAGCUUAAACAAGUUUGAUGGAACUUCAUCACAUAAGUUAGAAAUUGUUAAUGUCAAUGAUUAUGGUGCUAAAGGUGAUGGUUAUUCAGAUGACACACAGGCAUUCAAGAAGGCUUGGGAAGUAGUAUGUUCUUCAAGAGAAUCAGUUUUUGUGGCACCUGAAGAUAAUAAUUAUUUACUCAAACCAAUUAGAUUCUCUGGUCCUUGCAAAUCUAACAUAACAGUUCAGAUAUUUGGAAAUCUUGAAGCAUCAGAUAAACUAUCAGAUUACAAGGAUGAUAAAAGACAUUGGCUUAUAUUUGAUAGUGUUCAAAAACUAUUAGUUAAUGGUGGUGGAACCAUUAAUGGAAAAGGAAACAUAUGGUGGAAAAACUCAUGCAAAAGGAACAAAAAGAAACCUUGCAAGGAUGCUCCAACGGCUCUAACAUUUUAUAAUUGCAAGGACUUGAUAGUUCAAAAUUUGAAGAUAAAAAAUGCACAACAAAUUCAUGUUUCAUUCCAAGAUUCGAAUAAUAUUACAGUUUUUAGUCUCAACGUGUCAUCACCUGAAGAUAGUCCUAAUACCGAUGGGAUUCAUGUCACCAACACACAAAAUAUCAAAAUAUCUAGCUGCGUCAUAGGAACAGGUGAUGAUUGUAUAUCAAUUGUACAUGGAUCUAGGAACGUAGAAGCCACAAAUAUAACUUGUGGACCUGGCCAUGGCAUCAGUAUUGGAAGUUUGGGUGCUGGAAAAUCCAAAGAAUUUGUUACUGGAGUAAUAGUAAAUGGAUCUAAGAUUUCUGGAACUAAAAAUGGAGUUAGAAUUAAGACAUGGCCGGGAGGUUCAGGAAAUGCUAGCAAUAUAAAAUUUCAGAACAUUGAAAUGGACAAUGUGACCAACCCUAUAAUAAUAGACCAAAAUUACUGUGACAAGAAAAAAAAACCAUGCAAAAAAUCGAACUCUGCGGUCCAAAUUAGCGAUGUGUUGUACGAGAAUAUAAUAGGUACAAGUGCUUCUGAUGUAGCGGUGAAGUUUGAUUGCAGCAAGAAAUUUCCAUGCAAGGAUAUAGUAAUGCAGAACAUAGAUUUGCAGUACGAAGAAGAAGGAGGAGAAGAAGGAGAAGGUGCUAAGGCUUUAUGCGACAAUGUUGAUUUGAGCUACAUAGGGCAUGUUAUGCCUCGUUGCUACUCAUAA